GUUCCACUCUGUUCAGCAAGGCGUGUAGAUAACAUAUAAAAGAUCAGGCUCGGCGACACUCUUGGACAUCAUCACACCAACAGAUCCGAUCCAUCUUUCCCAAGCUCCACAGCUCCGCUACACACAACCAACCCCACCACAGCAUCAACAACAACAACAAUGUCGACCCCCUCCAAGGACUACAAGGCCCUCCUCUUCGACUGCUACGGCACCCUCAUCAACUGGGAGGGUGGCAUGCAGAACGCGCUCCAGCCGCUCCUCGUCCAGAUCCGCAAGCAGAACAUCAGCCGGGACGACUUCUUCAAGCAGCUCGGCUCCAUCGAGACUGCUAUCCAGACCAACGAGCCCACCAAGCUCUACCCCGACGUGCUCGCCGAGACGUACCGCCAGGUCGCCGACCACUUCAAGCUCCAGUACACUGAGGACGAGGCGGUCGACUUUGGCAACUCUGUGCCCGAGUGGCCCGCGUUCCCCGACUCGGCCAAGGCGCUCAAGCGCCUCCAGGACUCGGGCCUCAAGCUCGUCAUCCUGAGCAACAUCAACAACGACUCGUUUGCUGCCAGCCGCAAGAAGCUCGAGAAGGAGGGCGCGGUCUUUGACGAGGUCUACACCGCGCAGAACAUCGGCUCGUACAAGCCCUCGCUCAACAACUUUGACUACGCCAUCUCGCACCUCCAGAAGGACCACGGCAUCUCCAAGGACGAGAUCCUCAUCGUCGCAAACUCCAAGCUCCACGACAUCCAGCCCGGACACAAGGUCGGCCUCAAGGGCGCAUGGAUCGACCGCGCCGGCGGCGUCAUGGGUGUCUCGGCCUUCACUGGCGUCGAGCCCGCAUGGACCUACGACUCGAUGAGGGAGUUUGCCGACGUCAUUGAGAAGGUUCGCGCUUAGGCGAGCGAGUGAGGGUGUACAUUGGAUUGAAU